UCUCUUUAAGCGGGGCGGACUGCCUCAUCUUCUGCUGGGACGGUUGAGCUCUUCAAACCCGUAGUUAAACUUCUGCUCCACACUAGUUAGACUAGACAAGACAGCCAGCUUGCAGUGGCAAAAAGUAUUUUCAUCGAGGUCUGUAAAAGACAAAUGAAAGUCAGAUAUUGCGAUGCGCGAAUAGAUAGGAACAGUAGAGUGAGUGGAGCGGGAGCGCGGAUGGAGUAAGAAAGGAUGGGAAUGGGAGGUGUGUGAAGUCUGUCCUUGAACGCACAGGACAGAGGCAUCAAUGAAGGUAGGGACAGAAACUUUAGAUUCACGUUUUUUCAGGCAAACAUGAUUCGCUUCGGAGCAGUCUGGAUGUAGGGCAUCUAUCUAGAAUGCUUUCCAACAAACUACGUGUCAGCCGAAGAAAGCACGAAGGAGAACGCGUUUGCUGUGAUCUACGGAGAGGAGUAACGUGUGCAUGUGUUUCUUAUCCAUCUCUAGUGAUAUGGCAGGGAACUGACUGAGAGAGAGAGAGAGAGAGAGAGAGAGAGAAAGAGAGAGAUAGAGAGAGAGAGAGAGAGUGAGAGUUUAUACAGAAGAAAUUCAUCUGGGAACAGUAAAAGGUGCUGAUCUCUGGAACCAAGGCAACCCAUCAGAAAUGAAACAGCUAUUCUCAUCACACGUGAAUCUUAGACUGGACUCUGACACCAGGCAUCAUCUGAUUGUGCAAGAACCACUGAAUGCACCUCAUAUCUCUGAACUGAACUGACAUUCAUCCCUGGAGUUGAAGUCAGCUUCCACGUAUAGAAAUUGAACAUUGAAUUUUGAAGAUGUCACAACAGAUCUAAAAAUUACACCGCAGUGGGAACACAUUUUACAUUAACUUGCACACAGGUUUUCACUGAGGACCAGACUUUACUCUUUUGGCACCAUGAUGGAUAUUCAAAAUUUCACAAUCUAAAUAAUUUCCAUGCUGAUACACCUAAUAGCUGUGGCGCCCCUUGCCUUUCUCUCAUGCCCAUGGACCCAUCCGGUGCCAUGCUCUCACAGGCGCUCCUGCUCUUACAGUGCUUUAUUCUGACGCUCGGCCAGUACGAUAUCUGUAAGUCGCUGGUCAGCACAGACGAUGGACCAACAUGGGAAUAUUACGCUUGCCAGCCAAAACCCAGGUCCAUGAAGGAGUACAUGCAGAUUAGAGUGGAUCCUCCCGAUAUCACAUGUGGGAAUCCACCGGAGAGGUUCUGCACUCUGGAAAACCCAUACCUGUGUAGUGACGAAUGCGAUGCCUCCACCAAAGAACUCGCCCAUCCUCCAAAGCUGAUGCAAGAUCAAGAGCGAACCGGACUCAUCACGUACUGGCAGACUGUAACAUGGGGUCGUUAUCCUGAGCCUCUUCUGGCUAACAUAUCUUUAUCAUGGAACAAAAGCCUGGAGUUAGCAGAUGACAUCCAGAUAACCUUUGAGUAUGGGCGGCCCACAAAAAUGGUGCUGGAUAAGUCCCUGAAUUAUGGACGAACCUGGCAGCCUUAUCAGUACUAUGCCGAUGACUGCAUGGACGCCUUUGGGUUGUUGCCAAAGACAAUGCAGGAUCUGUCAGCCACGAACGUGACUAGAGUCAUAUGUACCGAGCAAUACUCUCGCUGGGUCGGUUCCAAGAAUGAGAAGAAUGUACGGUUCGAGGUCCGGGAACGUUUCGCCAUAUUUGCUGGGACAAAAUUACAAAACAUGGACAACUUGUACACACGCAUGGAAAGCAUGAAAGGUCUCCGAGACUUCUUCACCUUCACAAACCUGCGACUUCGGCUGCUGAGACCAGCACUCGGAGGAACAUAUGUACAAAGAGACAACCUGUUGAAGUACUUUUACGCCAUCUCCAAUAUCGAAAUACCAGCAAGGUGUAAGUGUAACCUCCACGCCGGUCAGUGCUCCCUUCGUGACGGGACCCUUCAGUGCGACUGCGAGCACAACACCACUGGACAAGACUGCUCGGCCUGUGAGAGAGGAUUCAAAGCCAAGUCCUGGAAGCCCGGCUCCUACCUGCCCACCCCGAACGGCUCCCCGAACAUUUGUGAGGCGUCGGGAACGUCUGACAACUGCGAGUGCAACGGUCACUCAAAUCGCUGCAGUUACAUUGAUUUCAUCAACAUUGUGACUUGUGUGAGCUGCAAACACAACACUAGAGGGCAGAACUGUCAGCACUGCCGCCUCGGAUACUUCCGGAAUGCUUCCGCAGAGCUGGACGAUGAGAAUGUUUGCAUAGAGUGUAACUGUAAUCAGCUGGGCUCCUUUCACGCCCGGUGCAAUGACACAGGCUUCUGUCAGUGUCGAGAGGGCACCACGGGCCAGAAGUGUGAGGACUGCCUGCCUGGAUAUACCUGGAAGCAAGGCUGCGUGCCAAACGUGUGCGAUGACGAGCUCCUCCUGUGUCAGAAUGGAGGCUCCUGCAUCCAGAACCAGAAGUGCGUGUGUCUGCCCAGCUUUAGGGGCGUUUUGUGUGAGCAGCCACGCUGCCAGGGCGAGAAAGGGUGCGACGGCGCAUCGGCCUGCUACCUCAGCACACUGACGCUGCUGCUAUGCCUUCUAGCCAACAGCCUGCUUAAAGUCAGCACCUAGAAACCCAUCUUAGUUCUGAUAUCAAUCCUAGUCUACGCAGGCCAAAGGGCUGAACCCUGUGGAUGGAGAGAGAGUGGCCUGAACCUGUAUGGACCCAGCCUCACGGUGCGGAAAUCUUUUUUGGAAAUGCCGGCGGCUCCACUGAGGUCAAAACGCCUUCAUGAGAUGAGCAGUUAAUUGCUCGUCUACUAGCAUCACUGAUCGCCUGAACUAUAAACCAAAAACAGAACAAAAACAACUUAAGUUCAGUUUCAGCUCACUCAACACAAAACUCAACAGAAAGUGGAGAAAUAUAUAGAUGUGGUUUCAUUUCCUUUGCAUUUCUACUUUCUCUGUAGUUUCGGCGUUCACAGAGGUACAAGCACUACACUUAGCCAGCUUGUUUUAACGAACAACAAACAGUCGAUAUCACGGAAGCCUACUUAUGCCAAGUUAUUCUUCUUCUCUUGAAGACUUGUUUUUACAAUUCUUUCCAUUGCUGCAUUUUUUUUCUUGCAUUUUAUUGCCACUGAGGUUAGAUGAAUCUGAUGGAUAAGAUGUUUAAUCGCCAUCCUGCUAAUAUGAAGAAUGAACGUCUCUAGCUUGUGUUUGAGAUUGCGUUUAUGGAAUGUAGAAAGAGGUUUUAAAUUGUCACACUGAACAAAUAUACAUAUAUCGGUCUAUCUGAAAGGAAAUAUGAAGUAUUGUAUAUUAUGAUUAUUAUUAUUUCAAUAUUUUUUGUAGAAAUUGUUAUUUUUGUUGAGUAAAUGUUACCACUGUAAAGACAUUGCAGCCUUUAUUGCAGUGCAUAUGGUAUUUACACCAUGGUAAAACUAUAUUUGAUGAGACAUCAUGAGCGCAUCUCUAAUAUAUUUGGAAUAUUUCUUCAUUCAUAUAAUUAUAUUUAAAUAAAGCAUAAACGGUUCAUUACAUGCACAGCUUUAGCUCAAUGUAACCUGCACAUCAUCUUGUUACUGGCAUGUAUUCAUCAGUGCAGAUAUGACCAUUCAGGACUGCUUAUUAACACAUGAUAAUAAGUACAUUCCUAAAGCACAAAGUCCCACAAACCCCAAAUAAAUACUAGAUAAUUAUGAAGCAUAGAAAAGAAUAAAAUGCAUUGUCAAUCAACACAAUUAGAUUGGCCAUUCAGAUUAACAAUUCAAAAUUCAGCACACUGUAUAUCAUGCAAUCAGGAAAUUUUUCAAAUAAUUUUAUUUUCCUUGCGCGAGACUCAAAGAAAUGCCAAAAUCUUGAGUGGCUCAUGGGCUUUUUGAUGCAUUUCAUAUUUACAGAUGCUUUACAUUCAUGAUGAGCCAGGGUAAACAAAAUACUAUCAAUAAAUAUUAUAAAUGAAUAAAACCUGACAAUCAGAAAGCACAAA